AGUUCCCAUCUGAUACCUGCUGGCUGCUCUGCUCAAUAUGGUAGGCUAGCUUAGCUCCACUUGGAUGAUAGCUCAACGGAGAAAGAUCUCACACUGCGACACUCUCAAAAGUCAAUUUCCAUGAGGCUAUACGCACUCGUCUGGGCCUCAAUCGCCGUUGUCUUGGCCGUCGUAUUUAGAGCAUGGUGGAUACCGUCGCCGUCAUCUCCGGUUGCGGACUUGGUGUUGAGGAAUGCGGUGAUAUUCACGAGCGAUGAGUCUCUCCCUUUUGCUGACUCCAUGGCCGUUCGAAACGGCAGGAUUCUUCGCAUUGGCAACUAUUCCUUCGUUAAGGUCCUCCAUUAUCAGCAUCAUGUAACUAUUGGUCAAGCACAUGAAGUGGCAGGAUAUGGGACUAAACACUUGCAUCUCGGAGGAAAAGUUGUGGUUCCUGGAUUUGUAGAUUCCCAUGUGCACUUGAUUUUUGGUGGACUCCAGAUCAUGCGGGUGGACCUGCGGGGUGUAAAUCAGAAAGAUGAGUUUGUGAGAAAGGUCAAGGAAGCAGUGAUGAAUGCAAAAGAAGGUUCUUGGAUUUUGGGCGGUGGAUGGAAUAAUGAUCUAUGGGGAGGAGAGUUGCCAGUGGCAUCUUGGGUCGAUCAUAUUACAGCUUACAAUCCUGUUUGGUUGUCAAGGAUGGAUGGUCAUAUGGGCUUGGCUAAUUCAGUGGCACUAAAGUUGUCUGGAAUUAGUAACCUAUCAGAAGAUCCUGAAGGUGGAACUAUUAUGAGAACUGUAGGUGGAGAGCCUACUGGAUUGCUGAUUGAUUCUGCUAUGAAACUUCUCCUACCUUGGAUUCCCGAGGUCUCUGUAAAUGAAAGGAGGGAAGCUUUCCUUAGAGCAAGCAAUCUUGCCUUGAUGAGGGGUGUGACAACAGUUGUUGAUUUUGGGAGAUAUUUUCCUGGGGUGUCACCAGAGCUUUCUUGGGAAGAUUUUGCAGAUGUAUAUCAAUGGGCUGAUACUACUGGGAAGAUGAUGAUCAGGGUUUGCUUAUUUUUCCCAUUGGAAACAUGGACACGUCUUCUCGAUCUAAUUGGAAAAAUGGGCCGCGUCAUAAGCCAGUGGAUUUACUUGGGUGGUGUAAAGGCUUUUGCUGAUGGGUCUUUAGGUUCUAAUAGUGCACUGUUUUAUGAGCCGUAUGUUGAUGACCCUCACAAUUAUGGCCUACAAGUGACAGCAAUUGGAACUCUUUUCAACAUGACUCUAUCAUCAGAUAAAUCAGGCCUACAGGUUGCUAUUCAUGCUAUAGGUGAUAGGGCAAACGACUUGAUCCUGGAUAUGUAUGAGUUAGUCGUUUCUACAAAUGGAAUGAGGGAUCGAAGAUUUAGGAUUGAGCAUGCCCAGCAUUUGGCACCUGGGGCUACUGCUCGAUUUGGUCAACUAGGGGUUGUUGCUUCAGUACAGCCAGACCACUUAUUAGAUGAUGCCAAUUCUGCUGCAAGUAAACUUGGUAUAGACAGGGCUCAAAAGGGAUCUUAUCUGUUUCGGUCACUUUUAGCUAGCAAUGUGCAAUUGGCAUUUGGUUCUGACUGGCCUGUUGCAGAUAUUAAUCCUUUAGGUGGGGUCAGAACAGCUAUGAAGAGAAUACCUCCUGCUUGGAAUGAUGCUUGGAUUCCUUCAGAGUGCCUUACACUGAAUGAUGCAUUGAAGGCGUACACAAUUUCAGCCGCUCGUGCAUGCUUUCUUGACAAAGAGUUGGGAUCCUUAUCUCCUGGGAAACUCGCAGAUUUUGUCAUACUAUCUACUGAUUCGUGGGAUGACUUCGCAGCAGAAGGGUCUACAUCUGUUGAGGCAACGUAUGUUGCAGGGCUACAGGCGUAUCCUUAGGUUGGAAAUGAACCGAUUCAUUGCUUUCCGGUCACUUCUAGUCCACAUGAACUGCCGCACAGGUACACUCCAGUUGUCGAUUUUCAAGAUACAACAAGAAUCGCCGCCUAGUUUUUUCCCGGAGACACAUCUCAUCUUGUAUCUUCCAUUGUAAUAUUAAUGUGAACUUGCUUGACCAAAAAAAAAGAAAAGAAAAGAAGUAAACUCUAUAUGUCUAGCAAAAACACAAACCCUGGACACAAACAAUAUCAGACUUUCUUACUUCAGGUUCAAAGAUGUUGAAAGGUGAUAUUCUCAUGAA